AUGGGGGAUUCCUCAGUUUCCACUUACUGUGUUCAUAUCAAGAAAAUCAUAGAUCAACUUGAGAACUUUGGAGCCCGGUUUAGUGAUCGAAAUUUGAUGUCUCAUCUUCUCAGUGUAUUGUCCUCCAAGUUCUCAUACAUUGCCAUCACCAUUUUCCACACUGAACCUUUUCCUUCCUUCAUGAAAUCCCGUUCUAUGCUAGCUGUGGAGGAACAAGAACUCAUGCAUGAUCAAACUAAGAACCAUGUUUCCCCUCACACUGAUCAUUCUUCCUCCCCACAGGUUUUGGCAACUGAUGGUACGUUCCAACAGUCAUCUCGUAGGGCUAAUUCUUUGUGUGGCAACAGUCGAGGUAGUCGGAAUCAAGGCAGAGGAAGUCGCUUUAGUGGUGGUCGGUCUGACAGUGGACAGUAG